CGUUUCGCAAUCACGAUGAAUUUCGGUGACGCGAAUAUAUUUCGGUGCGUAAUCUUUGUAUUCUGUUUUGGUUACGUUCAAAACAGACGAAAGAUAAAAGUAAACAGUGACGUAGACUUUAGUGACCGCAACUCUGACAUAUAUUUGAACUCCUUACAACUAAUCAAUAAGUACGGGUAUCGACCCCAAAGCAACACAGUGAUAACGGACGAUGGAUAUUUAGUGAAUUGUUACAGAAUACCAAAUAAAGGACCGCCAGUGUUGUUAGUUCACGGGAUUGGUGACAGUUCCGAUUCGUGGUUGGUGCUCGGACCUGAGAAGUCUGUGGCAUUCCAGCUUGCCAGUCUAGGAUACGACGUGUGGUUGUAUAAUGCUCGAGGAAAUAAAUACAGUAAGGGACACGUUAGGAAUCUCCCUGAAAAAGAAUAUUGGAAUUUUAGCUACGAAGAGAUGGGAACACAAGAUUUACCUGCGGUGAUUGAUUAUAUACUUCAAACAACAUCUCAACGUAACCUGUCGUACAUCGGGUUUUCUCAAGGAACGGCAGUUUUUUUCGUUAUGUGUAGCAUGAAGCCUGAAUACAACGAGAAGAUCAAGCAAGCGAUAUUACUGGCUCCGAUAGCGUGGAUCACAAAUACGCAGUACCCGUUUAUAGAUAUUUUAGCACAAAAUUUGGACGUGCUAAAGACAUUUUUUGAUAGUGCCGGUGUGUACGAUUUAUUUGCGGAUAAUGUGUUGACUAAUUUUUAUCAUGCCAAAGUGUGUCGUUUGGGUGUGCCUGAAAAUAUUCUUUGUAAGUUAGAAUAUUAUAUAAGUUAUGGUAUAAGGAAUUUGAGUAAUUUGUAUCCAAAAAAACUUCCGAUUGUUGCUAGUCAUAUUCCUGCUGGGGUUUCGAUAAAGACGUUUAUUCAUUAUUUCCAAAGUUAUUCGAGUAGGCGGUUUCAGAGGUUCGAUUAUGGUAUGAAAAUGAAUCGGGAGGUGUACUCUUCCAUUUUGCCUGCAUCAUACGAUUUGUCCCGGGUUAGAGCUCCUAUUUACAUGUUUAGUAGUGAUUUGGAUUGGUUUAGUACACCGACAGAUGUUCAAAGACUUAGUAGUGAAUUACCUAAUAUUGUUAGACAUGUGAAGUUAAAUGAAUCAUUAGACUUUACACAUUUAGAGUUUAUUUAUGGCACUCGUGUUAACGAAAUAAUUAAUAAUGAUGUAAUUAGAAUAAUAAAUGGUGAUUUAUAAAAUGUACGGUGAGUGAAUUUGAACUGUUUUUGUCUACGAAUAAGUCUAUUGUUCUGAAGUAGAGGUCAUUCUUUUUUUGUUGGAUAGGUUUUUGAUUUCCUGUUGUUGACGUAUAAACAUUGAGUUACAUCGAUCUGUGGUUAUUUACAGUGUAACUAACUUGAGUAUUGGUGCAAACAUAGAAAUUUUCAGUAUCAUAAAUACUACCAAUAAAUAUUUUAUUGUAUGUUUAUUAUUAAAUAUGUGGCCUUGUUAUAUAGCUCUGUAUACCCAUAACAUCCGUAAACAAUGGUACCAUUGUAGUGCCUAUAGAAAUUAAAUUUGUAUAGGUAUAACAUUCCAUGCAUUUUUCAAAUAUUUUGUACUUAUGCAUG